AGCACAACGUACCUCCUGCGACUGCGUUGUGAGAGAGAAAGAGAUCUGUAGAGAGAAGGAGAAGAUGUCGGGUUGGGAUGAGGGAGCCGUAUACUACAGCGACCAAGCGCAGUUCCCGCCCGGCGGUGGUUCCGGCGACGCCGGUCAGGGGGCUCCGUCUGCGAAAAGCCGCCAUGUAAUCCUCCAGAAAUUCAAGGAGUUCAUCAGGAACUUCCCUCACAAGAGCCAGCCCAAUCUCUUCCCCUAUCGCGAAGCUCUUCUCGAAAAUCCCAAGUUUCUCAUCAUCAACCUCUCCGACCUCCUUUCAUAUGAGCGCGACCAAACCCUCCCGGAACUCCUCCGCCAGAAUCCUGCCGAUUACCUUCCCCUGUUUGAAACUGCAGCAGCUGAAGUUCUCGCAAGUUUGAGAUCAAGGGUAGCUGGAGAAACUGGAGAAAUGGAAGAACCAGAGACUGGAGAAGUACAAAUAUUAUUGAGAUCUGAGCAGGAUUCAAUCUCAAUGCGGUCCCUUGGGGCACAAUAUAUAUCAAAACUAGUCAAGAUAUCUGGGAUUGUCAUUGCUGCAUCAAGGACCAAGGCGAAGGCAACUUAUGUUACCCUGUUAUGUAAGAAUUGCAAAAAUGUGAAGGUUGUUCCAUGUCGCCCAGGGCUUGGUGGAGCCAUUGUUCCGCGUUCCUGUGAUCAUGUGCCUCAGACUGGUGAAGACCCAUGUCCGAUUGAUCCAUGGAUAGUGGUUCCUGACAGAAGCAAGUAUGUUGAUCAACAGACACUGAAAUUGCAGGAGAAUCCAGAGGAUGUACCCACUGGUGAAUUGCCAAGGAACAUGCUCCUGUCUGUAGAUCGUCAUCUUGUGCAAACUAUUGUGCCGGGCACAAGGCUCACAAUAAUGGGAAUUUACAGUAUCUUUCAAGCUGCUAACUCAUCCACAUCUCAUAAAGGAGCUGUUGCUGUUAGACAACCAUAUGUAAGGGUGGUUGGAAUGGAGGAUACUAGUGAGGCUAAUUCUCGAGGUCCAGCGAACUUCACAACAGAUGAGAUAGAAGAAUUCAAGAAAUUUGCAUCAGAUAGUAAUGCUUAUGGUAAAAUAUGCUCCAAGAUUGCUCCUUCAAUAUUUGGCCAUGAUGAUGUCAAGAAGGCUGUAGCCUGUCUUUUGUUUGGGGGAUCAAGGAAGAUCUUGCCAGAUGGUGUAAAAUUAAGAGGUGAUAUUAAUGUGUUGCUGUUGGGAGAUCCCUCUACUGCCAAAUCACAGUUUCUGAAAUUUGUUGAGAAAACGGCUCCAGUGGCUGUAUAUACAUCUGGAAAAGGAUCAUCAGCUGCUGGUCUUACAGCUUCUGUAAUCAGAGACAAUAGCUCUCGUGAGUUUUACCUAGAAGGAGGAGCCAUGGUCUUAGCAGAUGGGGGUGUUGUCUGUAUUGAUGAGUUUGACAAAAUGAGGGCUGAAGAUAGGGUUGCUAUUCAUGAAGCGAUGGAGCAGCAAACCAUUUCCAUUGCGAAAGCAGGAAUAACAACAGUCCUCAAUUCAAGAACCUCAGUGCUUGCUGCAGCUAAUCCUCCAUCCGGGCGCUACGAUGAUCUUAAGACUGCACAAGAUAACAUCGAUUUGCAGACAACAAUUCUUUCAAGAUUUGAUAUGAUUUUCAUUGUAAAAGACAUCAGGAUGUACAGUCAAGACAAGAAUAUUGCUAGCCAUAUUGUAAGAGUUCAUGCAUCUGCUCAUGCAAGCUCAGGUGACCCAAGAACUACCAAGGAGGAUAACUGGUUGAAAAGGUAUAUACACUAUUGUCGAACUAUGUGUCACCCCAGGCUAUCAGAUUCAGCAGCUUCAAUGCUGCAGGAGAGUUAUGUCAAAAUUAGACAGGAUAUGAGGCGACAAGCAAAUGAAGCUGGGGAGGCAGCUGCAAUACCAAUUACUGUGAGGCAACUUGAAGCUAUUGUAAGGUUGAGUGAAGCUCUUGCAAGAAUGAGACUUUUCCAAGUAGCAAACGAGAACCAUGUUUCGGAAGCUAUUAGACUAUUCAACAAUUCUACCAUGGAUGCUGCAAAAUCUGGAAUUAACCAACACAUAAAUCUGACCCCCGAGAUGGCAAAUGAGAUAAAGCAAGCAGAAACCCAGAUAAAGAGAAGGAUGGGAAUCGGGAGCCACAUAUCCGAGAGACGUCUAAUUGAUGAGCUUUCUAGGAUGGGCAUGAAUGAAUCUAUUAUAAGAAGAGCUCUGUUGAUUAUGCAUCAAAGAGACGAGGUUGAGUACAAACGAGAACGGAGAAUCAUCGUCCGCAAAGCUUGAUCCUUGCUGCCUGCCUGCCUUCUUCCAUCUAUUAUGUAUUGUUACAAAGAUAUAUAGCAUCUGAUGAUGUUUACGUUGCCACCCACGGCAAUUUGUUUGUAAAAUGUUUAGAUUCAUAUCAUAAUCACAAGUAUGAACCCCUUUUAGUGACAUGUUAUU